GUACCCCUGCGAGAUACUCGGCAAACAAAUCGUGGUAUAUAAGGGUACCCAGUUCGUGGUGACUUUACUCCACCACGGUUUCUCACCUUUCGUCCUCAUCAAGCCGUAUCUGCAAUGGCACGCAUAAUUUUCUUGGUAACCGUACUGGCGGCUCUGUGCUACACUAGCCAGGCCUUUCCAGUGGAAGAAGCCAGAAUUCCAAAAAUAAAUAUGAAGGAGCUCAUCGAGAAACUAAAAGAAAAGUUUGAGAAAGCAAAGCAGUUGAAUCCCGAAAUCGCAGUGGCGGCUGCUUCUGACGAACAACAAUUUGAACAAUACUUUUUCAAAAAUAUUUUCGAGAGUAUAGGGAAAGCAAUACACGAAACCUUGGGUGUAGGACACACCACGGUGGAGGAACUCCAAAAGCUAUUUCGUCCAAAAGCCUUUCCAGUGGAAGAAGCCAGAAUUCCAAAAAUAAAUAUGAAGGAGCUCAUCGAGAAACUAAAAGAAAAGUUUGAGAAAGCAAAGCAGUUGAAUCCCGAAAUCGCAGUGGCGGCUGCUUCUGACGAACAACAAUUUGAACAAUACUUUUUCGAAAAUAUUUUCAAGAGUAUAGGGAAAGCAAUACACGAAACCUUGGGUGUAGGACACACCACGGUGGAGGAACUCCAAAAGCUAUUUCGUCCAAAAGUAGAUACGGAGAGCAAUUCAAUUCUGAAUGAGGACGAGGAAUUGAAGAUUGACACCGAUGCGGACCCAGUAGAAGUUGCUUUUCUUAAAAAACCGUUAAAAAAGAUAGGAAAAGGCCUUAAAAAGGUACUUGACAACGCGGAUAUAACUAUCAAAUUCUAAGUAUCAAAACUACCAAAAUGGUAAACGUGGUGGACAAAGAAAACGGAUCAGCCUUUGUGGCUGUAAUUGGCUAUAACUAGUCUAUGUUAAAGGAUAUUACGAGAAAAUCAGAUACUUGUACGGCUAAUUAAUCUUAACAUCGAGACAUAAUUUAGAUUCAUUCAAAGUUGAUGUGUUCAGAGACGCCACAUGUUUCCGCCAACGUUAAACAUCCUCCAAAGAGAUUCGAAAGUUUGUAAUAACUCAGAAUCUUUAGAAGAGUUCAAUGAUGCUCAGUCAAGCCCAGUGAGAAAAUUCUCUAACGCUUAAUUGUCUAUCCUUCAGUUUGAAUGUAUUGAUUAUUGAGUGUCAUGUGUGGCGCCUUCACCUUAGUUAACUUAGACAUCUUCAUCUGCAAAAUUAAUCGGUCACUAUUAAUGUAACGUGAUGUAACAGUUAUUGUAAAAUUACCGCUUGCCAAAAGAGAAAAAGA